AUGAGGGAGGACCAGACUGACUGGAUCUGCAGGGUGACGAUGAGGUGGACCUCGCUGGCUGUCCUAGGUGGCCUUGCCGCCACCGGCUCGGCAACGACUGACGCCAGCGGUGCUGUCAUCGACCAGGUCAAGCCUUCUGCCGAAAACCCCGAGGGAUGCCAGGCCUCGUACAAUGUCAAGUUCCAGAUUGAAGUUCAGGCGCUGACCAACGAGACGGCAACAUCCGACGAGGCAGUCCAGAAGCGAUCCGUUGCCGGAGAAGGCGCCCUGGUCAUGGAGCUGAAAGACUCGGUCCUGACCGAUGCCCAGAAUAGGACGGGCUACAUUGCGUCCAACUAUCAGUUCCAGUUCGACGGCCCUCCGCAAGCGGGUUCCAUCUACACCGGAGGCUUCUGCGUCUUCAACAACGGGUCCCUGGCCCUGGGCGAUACGACCAUCUUUUACCGCUGCAAGUCGGGCAACUUUUACAACCUCUACGACCGCCACUGGGCGCCGCAGUGCGAUGCCAUCCGCAUCCAGGUUGCGCCCCUGAGCGACACCGGCAGCGAGGACCAGACGGGCGGCCACAGCGUCGUCGGCACCAGCAUGGUGGCCACGACGAUGGUGACGGUGCUUCCCGACGGCCAGCCUCAGGUCAUCCAGACCCAGGUCCCCGUGCCCAUUUGCCAGAUUGGUGAUGGUCAGAUCCAGGCUCACACCACCCCCUGCGCCCAGGCGCCUCCAAUCACGUCCGUCGCUGCUGCCGUCAACCCAGUCUCACAGAUCGCCGAUGGGCAGCCCCAGGCCCCGUCGGUCGUUCCCACGGCCCCUCCUGUGUCCCAGGACGACGACGGCGCUCCUCUGGCACCGCCUCCCGAGACUGCUGCCCCCCAGUCUACCGCCUCUGAAACUGCCUCGCCCGAGGUAGAGUCUGCUCCUCCAGCCGACAGAAACCCAACUCCCACCCCCGAGGCCACCUCCGCAGUCUCGCCUGAUGUCGAGUCGGUCCCCCCAUCAGAGGUGGCCACGUCGUCUGUCACUGGGCUCGAGACGUCGACCAGGGCGGCGGCUGCUCGGCCGUCUUCGACCCAAGUUCCUGAGCAGCCCCAGGCCCCAAGCAACGUGCCCAGCAAUUCUCCAGUUCAGGCCGGUGCCAAGAUGGCUAUACCCGGCCCUGCAGCCUCGUUGAUCACGGCCGCCAUUGGCAUUGUCGUUUUCUUGUACUAA